CUCACACAGUCAGCAAGUACGGUGGGUUCCAUUUGUCAAGAGCGGGGAAGUGCCUCAGGCAAGCUAGCGCGCUGCUGCUGCUUUACUUUUUGGUUGCAACUGUGUUAGUUUCGAUCUCGCUGAUUCUCGUACUAUGCUACAAGAUGGCAGCGUCUCCGUCUGAAAUAGGAGCCUGCGUUUGCAAGUGGUAGCCGUUCAAGCAAGGGUAGUGUUUCUCCAACUUCAUUGCUCGGAUCCAGCAUAUGGGAGGAGGGCUGGCGGAUGGAUUGCGAAGUUGGUUAGUCUGUCAUUGGAAGCACAUCUUAGACAUCUGCGUAGGGGUGUGUCCGCUGUCUCCCGGAUACGAGUCCGAAGAUCGGAUAAAGAGUCACGUUGUAAAGUGGAAGCCAGAUCAGGUCCAUCCGGUUAACAACGCACACGCAUCAUCCCUUAACUUAAAGCCGCGCCUGAGGAAAUCGGUUUGGGUGUUUGCAAAGCAAAAGAAGCACGCGGAGAAAGGUAUGGACGAGCACGAGUUUUUUACAGAGUAUGGGGAGGCGGGCAGGUAUCACAUACAGGAAGUCAUCGGAAGGGGCAGUUAUGGCGUCGUCUGCUCGGCAAUCGACUCACAUACUGGGGAGAAAGUUGCAAUAAAGAAGAUCAAUGACAUCUUUGAGCACGUGUCAGACGCGACCCGGAUUCUUCGGGAGAUCAAACUUCUACGGUUGCUGCGGCAUCCAGACAUUGUCGAGAUCAAGCACAUCAUGCUGCCUCCGUCGCGUCGGGAAUUCAAGGACAUAUACGUAGUCUUUGAAUUGAUGGAGUCAGACCUGCAUCAAGUCAUCAAAGCCAAUGAUGAUCUGACACCCGAGCACUAUCAGUUCUUCCUGUACCAACUUCUCCGGGCUCUGAAGUACAUCCACACAGCAAACGUCUUCCACCGGGAUCUGAAGCCCAAAAAUGUACUAGCAAAUGCUGACUGCAAGUUGAAGAUUUGCGACUUCGGUCUUGCACGUGUUGCUUUUAAUGAUGCCCCAACAGCCAUCUUCUGGACGGACUAUGUCGCGACAAGGUGGUACAGGGCCCCCGAAUUGUGCGGCUCCUUCUUCUCCAAGUACACUCCUGCAAUCGACAUCUGGAGCAUCGGUUGCAUCUUCGCGGAGGUCUUAACUGGGCGGCCUCUGUUCCCUGGGAAAAACGUCGUUCACCAGUUAGAGUUGAUGACCGACCUCCUCGGCACUCCCUCAGCCGAGUCCAUCGCAAAGGUUCGAAAUGAGAAGGCGCGGCGGUAUCUUAGCAGCAUGCGGAAAAAGCCUCCCAUCCCCUUCACACAGAAGUUCCCAGGCAUUGAUCCCCUCGCUCUCCGGUUACUGGAAAGAAUGCUAGCGUUUGAUCCAACGCAACGGCCUACGGCAACGGAGGCUCUGGCAGAUCCUUACUUCAAGGGGUUAGCAAAGGUGGAGCGGGAGCCAGCGGCACAGGGGAUCAGUAAAAUGGAGUUCGAGUUCGAGAGGAGGCGGAUUGGCAUGGAUGACGUCCGAGAACUGAUAUAUCGAGAGAUAUUGGAGUACCACCCCCAGAUGCUCAAGGAGUACUUGGCCGGCUCGGAUUUCUCGAACUUCAUGUAUCCGAGCGCGGUGGACCAGUUCAAGCGGCAAUUUGCGCACCUGGAGGAGAACUACAACAAGAAGGAGAGCGGCUCUAAGGAGAAGGGGAGCAGCGGCAAGGGGAACUCGUCCCCGCUGGAGCGGCAGCACGCGUCCUUGCCCAAGGAGAGGGUGGGCGACUACCGCAAGGAGGCGGCCAAGUACUCGGGGGACAGCGGGGCUGUCAAGGGGGCCACCUUCACGGGGAAAACGGGGCAUCCAGGCAUGGGAGCAAAACCGGGUCAACCAAUACAGAGCAAGCCAGUGGCGAGCAACGGUGCUGUACAGGACAAGUACAUAAAGAGUGCAUCGAUCGGGGCUUCAAAAUCUUACGUCCCUGGCAAAAGCACGGCGCGAAUAGGGGAUUCGGAUCUGGCUAACGUAGUAGAAGAGCUGGCACUUGAGCGAUAAGAAGAGGACGAAAGACAUCCUCUAUGCCGGACGAGACGAAUAGAUGGUGCUCUGAUAGCUAGGCAACCAAACACCCAGGGGCCAGGUGACCUUGGUUUGCCUUCGGACUUCGGAAAGUGGCAGGAGAUGUUGCAUGUCUCUCCCCGUUCAACUGAGAUAGAGUAGGUCUCCUUGCGUUGCGGCUCCUCGUGCCACUCGCUACUGAUCAAACCAGCUUGAGCUGGAUAUAUUCCAGGUGAUAUAGGCCCCCAUUAGCUGUACGUUGAGAGAUUUGAAAUUAUCAGUGUAGUAUUGUGAAAUGAUCCUAGGAAGCCCCUCCAUUGGGGGCGCCGUCUGGAGUGUUGUUUACUCCAGGGCUAGAGGGCUAGAUUAUUCUUUUGACAGACAAUCGUGGAAGAAGCUCUGACACAAAUUAU